AUGAUGAUAGCGGUGCGUAACUGCAUAACUAGAUGCAAGCAGCAUUUAUCACUAAUAGCCCAGAAGGCAAUGUAUAGUGAGGCUGUACAUGAUCACUUCCGUAAUCCUAGAAAUGUUGGUACCCUUCCAAGUGAUAAGAAAAAUGUGGGAACUGCAGUCGUAGGUAAAGCAGCCUGCGGGGAUGUUGUGAAACUGCAAGUUUCCAUUGAAGAUGGGGUAAUUCGUGAUGCUAAAUUCAAGACAUUUGGAUGUGGAUCGGCAAUUGCAAGUUCAUCUUAUGUUACAGAAUUAAUUAAAGGUAAAACUCCGGAGGAUGCAUUAAAAAUUAAGAAUACUGAUAUAGCUAAUUAUUUAAAUUUACCUCCAGUCAAGCUACACUGUUCCCUAUUAGCUGAAGAUGCUGUUCAUCUUGCUAUCAAGGAUUAUCAAAGUAAACAGAGUACUUCUGAUGAUAAAUCAAGUUCAUCUGUGAAUAUAUCAUAUUCAGAUGAUAAUAAAGUUGAUCCAGAUACUAAGUGA